CUCUUCUUUAGCCCCCAUUACUCCCCCUAUUAACUCCUUAUUCAGCAGUUAUAUCAGUUGAAGAAGUACAAAGAGCCCCAUGUUCUGAACUGGGCUCCUCCCACAAUCUUCAUCACCCAGUCUCUGCCAUUUCCUCUCCUUCCUUCUGGCAGAUGGGUGAUGCAAGAUUAGGCCAAUGGUUGAAUCUUCUGGUAUGUUCUGUGUUACUGCUGAAGGCAACAGGAGUUCCUGUGGGAAUCACUAUCCUUCAGACUGCGGUUGCCAAAGGAGCUGUUUGUUUGGAUGGGAGUCCCCCAGCUUAUCAUUGGGACAAGGGGUUUGGUUCAGGACUUAACAAUUGGUUGGUUCACAUUGAGGGAGGAGGAUGGUGCCACAAUGUCACAAAUUGCCUUGGCCGUAAGACCACUCGUUUAGGUUCAUCAAAGCAAAUGCUGAAGGCAAUUCCUUUUGCUGGAAUUCUGAGCAACAGGCAAUCUUAUAAUCCAGGCUUUUACAACUGGAAUAGAAUAAAAAUCAGGUACUGUGAUGGUUCAUCAUUUACUGGUGAUGUUGAAGCAGUAGAUCCAGCUACUGGUCUUUACUUCAGAGGGGCAAGGGUUUUCCGUGCUGUUAUGGCUGAUUUAUUGGCAAAAGGAAUGGGAAAAGCUGUAAAUGCUGUCCUCUCUGGUUGUUCUGCUGGUGGAUUGACUUCUAUUCUUCAUUGUGAUAACUUCCGUUCUCUCUUACCUUCUGCAACCAAUGUGAAAUGUGUUUCAGAUGCUGGUUACUUUAUCAAUGUAAAGGACGUUUCUGGAGCACAACACGUACAAGAGUAUUUUACCAGUAUUGUUACAACCCAUGGUUCUGCGAAGAAUUUGCAUGCAUCUUGUACUUCAAAAUUGAGACCAGAUUUGUGUUUCUUCCCCCAAUAUGUGGUACCACAGAUUCGGACGCCAAUAUUCUAUGUAAAUGCAGCCUAUGAUUCAUGGCAGAUAAAGAACAUUGUGGUACCAGGAGUUACUGAUCCUCAUGGAACUUGGCAAAGCUGCAAACUUGAUAUAAAGAAUUGCUCACCCACUCAGCUCAAAAUCAUGCAAAACUUCAGGUUGCAAUUUCUAAGCGCAAUUGGUGGUGUGAGCACCUCUGCAUCGAAGGGAAUGUUCAUAGACUCUUGCUAUCUACACUGUCAAUCUGAGUUGCAGGAGACUUGGUCCAUGCCUAAUUCCCCACUAAUCAACAAAACGACAAUUGCAAGGGCAGUUGCAGACUGGUUCUAUGACCGAACUCCAUUCCAAAAGAUAGACUGUCCUUACCCUUGCAAUCCUACUUGCCAUGCUCCCAUGUUUGAUCCAAAUGUGCACUUUUGAGACAACUAUAUACCAUUCUUAUAGGUCAGGUAAUUGAUCAAAUAUACACCAUUGUUCCCUCAUAUAGCAAAUCAUUUAUAUAGAAUAAGUAUUAUCAGUCAAAUUGAUUGAUCAAAAUAAAGAAAGCUCACCACAGCACAAAAACUUGUGUGCUGGGUGCUUUCCCCCAUUGUUAAAACCACAUUAUUCUUCCAUCUUUUGAUUCAAAGGUGGCCAUAUAUAUCUUGUACUGAAAAUUCAAUGAUC